AUCACUCGGUCGUCAUCAUUAAUGGGCGGGACCUACAGACUGCAGCUCACUCUCGUCAAGAUCCUCUCUCACACUCUCAGCAGCUCCGAGCUCGUGAACACACGGUAACCGCGCGGAUUAAUAACACACGCGCACACAAUAUGCUGCUUAUAAUCGGGAGAACACUAAACAUUCAGAAAGGAUCCUGUUUAAUAUCGCUGCACGAGUUUUAUGGUAUCACGGAGACAAAAACAAGACAAAAUAAUCACAUCACUAAAUCGGAGCGUCGCAAAUAAUAUUGGACCAAACUCACCGCUCAACACUGGACAUUUGAUGGAUUUACUGAUGCCUCGUUCGUUCUGUAUUUUAUUAUUGUAUUAACCGAUCAAGAUUUGGAGUAAAUACAGUGUAUAUGGUCUAAAAUAUAUAGGCUACAUAUACUCUUUAGAAAUUGCACUUUUGAGACAUUGUUGAACCUGUAUGUGAAUAGGCUAUAUUUUUGCAAAAAAGUGUUUCAGCGGACAUUGAUUGGACUGAUCUCUGACCAUGCACAAGCGCUUCAGCUUGAGUUUUACUCGCUUCUGUAGUUACUGAUCUCCUCUGGGAAUCUCUGGGAUGGAUCCAUCUCUGUGUUAAAGCUCUAUGUGAAGUGUACAGUCGUGGAUCAGCUGUUGUCUUGAGGAGUCGAGUCCGACCUGAUCAUGUAUGAGGGUGUGGAUGUGAACCCUUUCCUCAUGAUGGAUUACUAUAAUCAGAGCAGAGGAUGUCUGAUCCCGGACAAGAUGCCCCAUCAUUUCAGCUCAUCCAUCAGACAUCAGCACUGGAGCGGAUCCAACCACUCUAUUGAGACCCAGAGUACGAGUUCUGAGGAGAUCGUCCCGAGCCCACCCUCUCCGCCCCCUCCUCCUCGCAUCUAUAAGCCCUGCUUUGUGUGUCAGGACAAAUCUUCAGGGUACCACUAUGGCGUCAGUGCCUGUGAGGGCUGCAAGGGUUUCUUCAGGCGAAGUAUCCAGAAGAACAUGCUCUACACGUGCCACAGAGAGAAGAACUGCAUCAUCAACAAAGUCACCCGCAACCGCUGUCAAUACUGCCGGCUGCAGAAGUGCCUGGAAGUGGGGAUGUCCAAAGAAUCAGUGAGGAAUGACAGGAAUAAGAAGAAGAAAGAAGAGAAAAAGCCAGAAUGCACAGAAAGCUACACGCUGAGCUCAGACACAGAGCAGAUGAUUGAAAGAAUCAGGAAAGCCCACCAUGAGACCUUCCCCUCGCUGUGUCAACUCGGCAAAUACACCACGAGUAACAGCUCGGAGCGGCGCGUGUCACUGGAUGUGGAUUUGUGGGAUAAGUUCAGCGAGCUCUCCACCAAGUGCAUCAUAAAGACAGUGGAGUUUGCCAAGCAGCUGCCGGGAUUCACCACCCUUACCAUCGCAGACCAGAUCACACUGCUGAAGGCUGCUUGCCUCGACAUACUGAUUCUGAGGAUCUGUACCCGUUACACACCUGAGCAAGACACCAUGACGUUCUCUGAUGGGUUAACGCUGAACCGCACACAGAUGCACAAUGCCGGCUUCGGUCCGUUAACAGAUCUGGUGUUCGCCUUCGCCAAUCAGCUACUACCGCUAGAGAUGGAUGACGCAGAGACGGGACUGCUCAGUGCCAUUUGCUUGCUCUGUGGAGAUCGGCAGGAUCUGGAGGAGGCCGAUAAGGUGGACAUACUGCAGGAACCGCUGCUGGAAGCACUGAAGAUCUACGUGAGGAACAGGAGGCCACACAAGCCUCACAUGUUCCCUAAGAUGCUGAUGAAGAUUACCGACCUGAGGAGCAUCAGUGCCAAGGGGGCAGAGCGUGUGAUCACCUUGAAGAUGGAGAUUCCCGGCUCCAUGCCUCCUCUCAUCCAGGAGAUGUUGGAGAACUCUGAGGGUUUGGAGAGUUCCUCAGGCGGGAUCAGUUCACGGGCCUCCGGCGCUCCUCCAGGCAGUUGUAGCCCCUCCCUUUCUCCAAGCUCCGCCCAGAGCAGCCCACCCACACAGUCACCAUGA